AUUCUCGCAGACCAACUACACAACAGAGCAUCAAUCCAUUCUUCUUCCUGGUACCGAGUUCUCACAGACCAACAGCACAACAGAGCAUCGAUCGAAUUCCACACGCGAGAUCAGGAAGACGAGCAGCAACUACAUGGGAGCGGGCAUGAAGCGCGCGAGGGAGGAGGAGCCAGUUGUGUCGCUGGCGCUGUCGCUCAGGACAGACUCCUCGGUGACGUCCACCACGACGUCGGACAGCUCGACCGGUGCGCCGGCGCUGGUCCCCAGGAAGAGGGCGCGGCGGGGGAGAGCUGUGGCCACGUCCGGGGAGGGGGAGUUCGUGUGCAAGACUUGCGGGCGUGCCUUCGAGACGUUCCAGGCGCUCGGCGGGCACCGGACCAGCCACCUGCGCGGCCGCCAUGGGCUGGAGCUCGGCGUCGGCGUCGCCAGGGCCAUCAAGCAGCGGAAGCGGCAGGAGGAAAAGCAGCACGACUGCCACAUCUGCGGGCUGGGCUUCGAGACGGGACAUGCGCUGGGCGGGCACAUGCGGCGGCACCGCGAGGAGAUGGCACUCAGCGACGCCAUGGACCGGUGGGUCGCGCUGUCGGAUCAAGAGGCUGGGCACCAGCACGCCGCCGACCGGCCGCCAGUCUUGCUCGAGCUGUUUCUCUAGUUACCUAGCUCGACCUCUCUGCUUGCUAAUUCAGGACUUGUGCAAAUCUUCAGAAUGGUACAUUAGCGUCCUGUUCGGAGUCCCUCCACUCCGCCGCUCCGCUCCGGGAGCUGGCAGAGCUGUAGUUAAAAAGGAUGGAGCUGUAGUCCCUCCACUCCGCACCUCCUCGUAUUUUUAGGAGCCGGCGGGUUGCCGAACAGACCCUAGGUUUAGGUUAAUUGUGUCUUCAGAAUUAGAUAGCCUAAUUGUUCGAUAGAGUACGUUAUUGCUGGUUA